AUGAGUAAAUUUAAAAAGUUAAAUAAAUUUAAAAAAAAAACAAAAAAUGAUAAUAAAUUUUCAAAGAAUAUAAAAAAUGGAAUAAAUAAAGAAAAGAAAUCCUUCAACAAAAAAUUUAAACCAAAAAAAUUUGAAAAAAAUAAUAAAAAGAAAUAUGAUAAGGAAGAAAAUGAAAUCAUUGGAAGUGAUGAUGAUAACGAAAUUGAAGAAACGUCAGAGAAUAGUUCUGACGAGUCAGGUGUUAAUACAAAUUCGAAUAAAAUUCUGAACAGCAAGGUAAAUGAUGAAAAUACCAUAAACUUAAUAAACAAUAAAAGUGAUAUAUUUGAAGGCCUAUUUUCUGAUUUAAAAAAUGUGUUAAGUGAAAGUUUAUUAAAUACAUUGGAAAAGAAUAAUUUCAUAAAAACAACUAGCAUUCAAAAGUUGAGUAUACCUAAAAUAAUUAAAGACAAUGAUGUGUUUUUAAAAUCUAUGACUGGGUCAGGUAAAACUUUAUGUUAUGCCUUACCAUCUGUUCAGAAAAUAUUAAAUUUAAAAGAAAAAAAUAAUAUAAAAAUAACAAGAGAAAUGGGAACAUUUAUAUUAGUUUUAUCACCUACAAGAGAAUUAGCUAUACAAAUAAAUAACUUAUUUUGCAUUUUAACAAAAGCAUAUCCAUAUAUAGUCGUUUCAUGUAUAAUAGGAGGUGAAAAAAAAAAAUCAGAAAAAACUCGAAUACGAAAAGGAAUAUCAAUAUUAACAUGCACACCAGGAAGAUUAUUAGACCAUUUACAAAACACUAAAGCAUUGAAAUUAACAUAUUUAAAAACUGUAAUUUUAGAUGAAGCAGAUAAAAUAAUAUUUCUAGGUACACAAGAUAAAAUUAAAAUGAUAUAUGAUCUAGUUAAAAAAAUUAAAUACGAAGAAUUUAAAAAAGUAAAAGAUACACCUGAAUUGGUAGAUAUAGAUACAGACAAACUUGAAUUAGUUUCUGAAACUUUUCAAAUGGUAUUUAUAUCUGCUACAUUAAAUAAUGCAAUAAAAAGUUUAGCAAAUUAUUGCCUAACAAAUAAAACAUUAUGGCUCGAAGCUACAAGUGAUAAAACAAAUAAAAUAUUAUCGGGUAAAGAUGUAUCGAUAAGUUUUGAACCUAAUAUAAAUGAUAAAGAUGAUAAUUAUGAAUUACCUAAACAAUUGAAACAACAUUUUAUUUUAAUUGAUUUAAAAAAUAAAUUUUUAGGUUUAUUAUAUUUACUUUUAGAAUGUAUAAAAGAAAAAAAAAAACCUGUCGUAUUUUUUUCAAACUAUAAAAGUAUCGAAUAUUUUCAACUCCUUUUAAAAAAUUUAUAUUGGCCAACUGACGUAAAAAAAAAAAAUAUUGAAGUUAAUAAAAUUUUGAAUAAUGAAAUAAAACCAAUAUUAAAUAAAGAAGAUGAAAUAUUAUUGAAAAAACAUUUAGAACAGAGUGUAAUGAAACAAUACAAAGAAAGUAUAGACAAUAGUUUAGAAGGAAAUAAAAAUAAAUUACAAACAUCAAGCUUAUUAAAUUAUAAAAAUAUAAAUAUAGAUGAUAUAUAUAUUGAUGACAAUAAAAAUAAUGAAUAUAAAAAUGAUAAUAAUAUGUUAUAUAAUAUAAAUGCAGAUACUCAUAAAAGAGUGUGUAUGUUUGAAAAUGUAAAUAUAUAUAUACUUCAUGGUAAUUUGCCAAAAGAAGAUAGAUUAGGAAAUUUCGAUGACUUUUCGAAAAAUAAAAAUUCAAUUCUUCUAUGUACUGAUAUCGCAUCAAGAGGUAUAAAUUUUAAUGACUUAGAUGUAGUGAUACAAUAUGAUUCACCACAAGUUUUAGAAGAAUAUAUACAUAAGGUUGGUCGAACUGCACGAUUAAAUAAUGAGGGAACAUCUUAUUUAUUUCUAUUACCAGAAGAAAAAGAUUUUAUAACACUUUUAAAAAAUAAAAAUAUAUUUGUAAAAACUAUUUUAGGCAAUGAAUUCAUAAAUAAGUUGAAAAAAAUAUAUGUACCUAUAUCUUUAAAAUCAGUUGGAGGAAAUAUACUUAAUUUUUUAGUCAACCAUUUUAUUUCAAUAGUUAAAGCAGACCCUUCACUUUUAGAAAAGGGUGUUAAUGCAUUUUUAGCAUCUAUAAAUUCUUAUCAUUCAAUUUCAAAAGAAUUACGAAAUAUUUUUAAUUCAAAAAAUUUACAUUUAGGCCAUCUUGCUUAUGCAUAUUUGUUGGAUAAAACCCCAAAAGAAAUAUCGAACUUCAGAAAGCAUCAAACUUACUUAAGCAUAAAGAGAGAAUCCACUUUGAACAAGAAGGACAAGAGGUUUAUCCAAUCAAACAAGUUCAAGAAGGUGAAAAAGUGA